GAAAGUUCUAAAGCCUCACUUUUUACAUUUAGGCUUUAAACCAUCUUGAGCUUAUCUUUGUGUACUAUUACAUGAGGUGUCUUUUUUCCAUAUGGAUAAUGAGCUGAGCCAUCAGCACUUAUUGUUGUCCAUUCUUUUCCCACUGCCAUUAGAAAUUCACCUCACUGCCCACAUCUAGGCUUUCAGGGAAGUCCUAGUUCUCCUUUCCAUCUCAGCAUUGCCAUCCAGUCCUCUCUGGCUGUUUUCACAGUUGCCCUGAUCCAGCUGUUGGUUUCUUCAAGCUGCCUUUCCACAUCUGCCUCCAUAUCUCCACGUGGCUCCAUUCUGAAGCAUCCAGACUUGCCUUCCUGAAGUAGCAGGCUCUAGGAGUGACUUCCUGCUGCCUCUCAGGACCAUGGGUCUUGCCCAGGAGCGCUCUGAGAGUCGUUAGAGAGCUGCUCUUGCUUCUGGGGCCAUGGGUCAUGUUUAGAGGCCACAGGGACACCCUGGAAAAGACCAGAGGCAAGUUCAAAUGAAAUUUGGGCUCCUGGCUCGCAUUGGUAAAUUUGGGGUCACAGUUUGUGGUGCUCAUGGUGGAGGAUGGUUGCUGACCUUUCCCACAAGGGUUGGUGAUAAUGGAAGAGCUCACAGGCCCCUCCCAUGUGGCUCUCACGUGGGGAGACCAGAAGCACCAGGAGGCGGUUGUUGGGGUAAGAUAAACAGUAUCCCCAUGACUGAUCACAGAGGAUGGCUUGGAAAGGCUCAGCGGGUAGGUGACCUUGCCCAGUCCCCGGGGAGCCUCCAAAAGAUGCUCUGGGGCCUGAUGUCCGGGACCAUGCCAGAGGUUCUGGGUGCAGUGUUGGCGUUUCCAAAUGAGAUGACAGUCGCCUCGUAUUGCCAGGGAAAGAUGUUGACCAAACAGGAGAUCCGUAUCUUUCAGGGCCUUCCUCCAACUAAUCACCUCAUCCCCUUCUCCCCUCUGACCCCAACCCUCAGGCAGGCCAGCCUGCUGGUAACCCACGUGACGUGCCUUGCAGGCCUUUUUGCACGUCAUUUUCUCCACAUCUUCCUUCACCAAAUCAUGUCUGUCUUCUUCAAAAUGAUGUUGAGAACUCCCUUCACCCACAAAGCUGUCCCCAGCUCACUCUUCUGUUCAUUGCCUUUGCUUAGCACUGCUGCGCGUAGCUCCUCAGCUUUCUUUUUGUUUACACUUCUAUGUGUUAGUGUUCUCGUAAAUCUUCUUGGGACUUUACAUGUCUAUCUGGCCUGUCCUUCCUAAUUACACUGUUUCUCAAGGACAAGGAUUAUAUCUCUUUUGCCCUUUGACUCUCCCUAGUACAGACCAGUGCUCAGCACAUUGGGUCAAAGAACAGAGAGUGGGAUUGGCUGGGUCGGAUCGAGGUUUAUCACUUGGUGUGUGACCUUGAACAAGUUACAUAACCUUUCUGGGCUUCGGUUGUCUUAUUUACGAAAUGAGGAUGAUAAUAGUACUUUCCUCAUAGGGUUAUUGACUUUGCAGAACGUCUCAGAUGCGGUAAGCACUCACUAAAUGCUGCCUGUCAGCAUUAUUAUUAAUAUUAAUGUUAAAAUAUUAGAAACCGUGCCAAAACAUGUGACCUGAAGUGCCACAUACAAAUUUUACAGUUCAGCGAUACUGUCAAUUUAAAUCAGUUAGAUGUUGGCAUUAGAAAAAUUGUCUUUCCUGACCGAAGCGCUGUUGAUUACUCCUGUCUCACUCAUUUCCUCCCUCUUCCUUUGAUAGGCAGGUCCACGAGAUCCAGUCUCACAUGGGACGCCUGGAGACAGCCGACAAGCAGUCUGUGCACUUAGUAGAAAACGAAAUCCAAGCAAGCAUAGACCAGAUAUUCAGCCAUCUAGAGCGUCUGGAGAUCUUGUCCAGCAAGGAGCCUCCUAACAAAAGACAGAAUGCCAAACUUCGUGUCGACCAGUUAAAGUAUGAUGUCCAGCACCUGCAGACUGCUCUCCGAAACUUCCAGCAUCGGCGAUACGCAAGGGAGCAGCAGGAAAGACAGCGAGAAGAGCUUCUGUCCCGCACCUUCACCACUAAUGGGACCCAGAAGAAGAUCCUCGACAUCGCCAACGUGCUCGGCUUGUCCAACACAGUGAUGCGGCUCAUCGAGAAGCGAGCUUUCCAAGACAAGUACUUCAUGAUCGGUGGGAUACUGCUCACCUGUGUGGUCAUGUUCCUUGUGGUGCAGUACCUGACCUGAGCCAGCCAGGCCCCGCGGCUGAAUAGCGGGCCCACGGCGUGAGAGUGUGUGUGAGUGUGAGUGUGCAAAGGGAGGGCGGCCCGGAGGCUGCCUUCUGAAAUGUGUGCCCAUCUGAACUGUGAAGACCACUCCGAAGUAAUUGUGACCUGUAACCUGGUGGGAGUUUCAAACCUCUGUUUUUUGUGACAUCUUGGAGGGGAAACUCGUGCUGCCGAGGUGUGGUGCUUAGGAGUGAACGAGGCCUCUGCUCUCACUAGUGCUCGCUCACCCUCACAGGGGCAGGAAGAGAUGCGGGGUAAGGGAGGCCAGGGAGAGGGGAGGGAGAGAAUGGCCUUGCUGGUUUUUGUCCUCACAGCUGACGUGCCCCCGGGAAGGCUUUCACGGUGAGCUUGCAGACAGGACUGUCCGCUCUUGGCCAUCCACUGGUCUUUCUGGCUCCUGGUAGAUAGUCUAGAGCAGAAGCAAAGAGAGGAGGGGAAAGAGGCCUUCUUUUCCUGCACCCACUACAGUAGGUGGGGGUGCACAUGCUCUUGCUACUAGCCACCUUCCCCCCCCACACCCCUCCAAAAAAUAAUGACGUGCCAAUGACUGACUGCUAAUACCUGUCAUCCUUCCCCGGAAGCAGCUACCUAGAGGAAACAGAGGCAUUGGCGCUGUUGCUGAUAGCAAGAUUUUCCACAUCACAGUUGUUGGGUGUUUCUCCUUUCUAAAGUAAGGCCACCGUUAACUCCCCGGGAGUGGUCAGUCUUGAAACUGAAGACCCUAGUCACCGAUUUUUUUUCCACUAGUUAAUGGUUGGCUUUUAAGACUGCAGCCUGGCACCCGUUCCCAGGCUUAGGUGGGUGUUUGCCCCUUGUCAGGUAGCUGUGAGCAAAUGUCAGUGAUUUGUCUUUUACAGUCUCAUCUCUAGUUUUAGUAUCUCUAAUUAAUAAUUCGCUCUCUUCCCUUCCUUGAAAUAUAUUAGCAGCUGCCAGCCAAGCCUCCAUUCUGCCCAGCCAGUAUGGGCACAUGCCACCCUAGAGACGUCUCUGGUGUGUAUGUCCUCGUAAGACUCUGUUUUCAGGGACCGGGACCUUUUUCCUCUCGGACCAACCCUGGAUUAAGGCUGUAUCGGUACCCGGCGUAUUGUGGAAUUUAUUGUAAAGCCAGUCUGUUCAAGGAGACGAAUCACUGAAAGUACCAGAAAGAGCUGGUUAGCCUAUUUUUUCAUCUGUCACAGGCCCUACCAGCCCUAGGCGCUCAGUAUGGCAAGACAUAAAUAACACUCACAGUUUCCCAGAGGAACUGUAAACCUGGUCAGUAUUAACCCCACCUUUGACUGUCUUGCCCUACCUACUUCCUGUCUUUGUUUCUUGUUAUUUGGACUAUCUCUGUCAUCUUUCUCUUUUCUCUGUGUUUUCUCUUCCACCUCCCUUCUUUACCCCACCCCCACCCCCACCUGUUUCUGUAGCAGUAUUGAUCUUUGUAGGCACAUCUGUGGCAUGGAUCCCUUUUGGGGAUAUGUUUCUUAAUUGUCACGGAUUUUUAACAUGAGUUUCCUGGGUACUGAUUUCACACUUUUGGUAGGAUCUCUAUUGCUCUUACUUGUCUGUGCUACACAGGGGCCCUGGGUUUCCAAGGAAAGGGGAAUCUUUGAUCCCUUCAUAAAAGGAUUGAGGGCCCUGCCAGAGUGAAAACAUUGGCCUGGUGGAUGGCCAGAGGGGUGGAAGCAUCUUCAGACCUAGCUCUGACUUUGGGGAGGCCAAGUUGGAAAUUUCCAUCAUACCCAGCACCCCUGUCAUCCCAGGGACCCAGCACAGGUCUUUUAGCGGUCCACGAAAUGGGUUUUUAAACUGCACAGACUUGGCUCUGAGCCUGGGCACCCGAGGAUCCCGCCAGACAGUGCACUUUGGAAGAAGAUGUACGAGGAGCAGCUAAGCCAUUUGGACUUGAACACUGGGGAGGCAGAAACUCCCCCCACCCUCUGCCCUCUGUUGGCUGAUGUGACACCUAUUUGUAAUGUACACCAGUCUGUUUCCAAACUUGCCUUUCUAGUGAUUGUUGGCCUCGACGAACCAGAAGUAAGGCCUUUCUUCGUGCUGCACCUUCAGAGCCAUUCUCCCUACUUUGUAAUAAAAAUCGAGGGGGCAGUCUGUGGGUCUUCACCACCCGGAGCUAAGGAACAGCAGCCACAGUAUGUUUGGAGACCCUGGGGCACCUCGUGUCAUCGUGUGCUUGCCCUUCCCUGUCACACAUUGGCUUUCAAUGCUCUGUGAGCAACACACUUUGUCUCCACGGUCCUCAGAGUAUAGGGCAGGGUCCCCAGGCCAGGGAAGGAGCACCCUCUAGUGGAGUUGGGGUGAAUUCUCAGGUGCAAGAAUCUCCAGGAGCUGCCUCUGCGACCUUGUACAGGAUUUUGGUGUACCUAUUGUGGUUUAAGACAGGUGGGUUGUCAAGGAACUUGGAGUAUCUUCAUUCCGUGGAUGUGUACUCCGGGUGUGAUCACCUUAAGAAAAGCCGAACUCCACGACCAAGUAAGUAGGAGAGUCUUGAUUUUAUAGAAAGCUUUGCUGCUGGGAUUUUUCCUGUCCUUUGCCCUGAUGAAUUUAAAUGGAUUUGAUGUGCAAAUUUGGCUUUACACUCACUGUUUUUGAAACACAUCAGUUGAAUAAAGUUGCUGUUUAUUUUAUUUAGAAAACUACAUUUUGUAAAGGAAUUUGACAUUCAUUGUCAUAACUAAUAACCCUUUUUUUCUCAGGCCAGAGAUUCUGAAACACUGUUCUGAGACCAGGGGUGGGUUGGCUGCCUCAGCAGUAGCUGGGAAACUUU